AAACUUUGCAUCGAUAUAAUCACUAUAAAAAAAAAAUUCAAUAGGUAAAAAAAGACCGAAGAAACAAAAAAGUCUCCGGCGAAACCAAAAGAUUUCAAAUUCUUUCAAACUGAAUCGUCAUGUUAGCCGCGAAGCGAUUGAUUCAGAAAGCUGUGCAACACCAUCAGCGUAAAGUGCAACAUGGUGAUUUGACAACGGAAGACUUGGAUCCGCGGGUUGCUGUUCACUAUGGUGUUCCAUCUACGGCUUCGGUUCUUGCUUUCGACCCCAUUCAGCGCCUUUUGGCCAUUGGGACUCUGGAUGGGAGAAUUAAAGUUAUUGGUGGAGAUGGGAUUGAAGGACUUCUGAUAUCCCCAAAGCAAUUGCCUUACAAACACAUAGAGUUUCUACAAAACAAGGCAUGUAUAGUCAGCAUUUCAAAUGACAAUGAUAUUCAGGUUUGGGAUCUUGCGAGCAGGAGUAUAGCUGAUUCUUUACAGUGGGCAUCCAAUAUAACUGCUUUUUCUGUGAUCAGUGGUUCCCACUUCAUGUAUGUUGGUGAUGAGCAUGGUUUGAUGUCUGUGAUAAAGUUUGAGGCUGAAGAUGGAAAAAUUUUCCAGUUGCAAUAUCAUAUUUCUGCAGGUUCUAUAAGUGAAGCCACUGGGUUCCCCCUUCCUAAUGACCAACCUAUCAUUGGAGUUCUUCCUCAACCGUGUUCUUCUGGGAAUAGAGUAUUGCUUGCAUAUCAGAAUGGAUUGAUUAUUCUUUGGGAUAUUUCUGAAGGUCAAAUUCUCUUUGUUGGAGGUGGUAAGGAUCUCCAAUUGAAGGAUGGAGUUGUUGAUUCUUCAAGUGAAGUGGAUGCUAAUCUUCCCGAUGCUACAUUGGAACAUCAUCUUGAAGAGAAAGAGAUAAGUGCUCUUUGUUGGGCAUCUUCCAAUGGGUCCAUUCUGGCUGUGGGAUACAUUGAUGGAGAUAUUUUGUUUUGGAACACAUCGUGUGCUGCAUCUAGUAAAAGUCAACAAGCUUCAUCAUCUAACAAUAUUAUUAAGCUACAAUUAUCAUCUGCAGAAAGGAGACUCCCUGUCAUUGUCUUACAGUGGUCCAAAAACCAAAAAUCCCGUAAUGAUUGUGAUGGCCAACUUUUUAUCUAUGGUGGUGAUGAAAUAGGAUCUGAAGAAGUUUUGACGGUUGUAUCUCUUGAAUGGUCAACGGGGACAUUAAGAUGUGUUGGUCGUGCAGAGCUUACACUUAGUGGCUCUUUCGCAGACAUGAUUUUAUUACCAAAUGCUGGGGUGAUGGGGGGUAACCAAAAAGCUGAUCUCUUUGUGUUGACAAACCCUGGGCAAUUACAUUUCUAUGAUGAUGCUAGCCUAUCUGCCUUAAUAUCUCAGCGUGAGAGAAGACCAUCCAUCUCUGCGAUGGAGUUUCCUGCAGUGGUACCAUCAUCUAAUCCUUCCAUGACUGUGGCAAAGCUCAGUAAGAUACCCACUGGGGGGGACUCAUCAAAGGCUCUGUUAGAGGUGGCCUCAGUUAUGAAACUUGCCUCAACAGUGACUGCAGUUAGUGCUGCCAAGUGGCCCUUGACUGGAGGUUUACCCAGCGAAUUGUCUAUUACUAAAAAUGAUGGGGUUGGGAGAAUUUACUUAGGAGGUUAUUCUGAUGGGUCAAUUCGGAUAUGGGAUGCCACGUAUCCUGUCUUAUCUUUAAUCUGUCUUUUAGAAGGCGAGGUACAAGGUUUGAAAGUGGCUGGUUCAAGUGCUCCAGUAACAAAGUUGGACUUCUGCUCCAUCAGUUUAAGGUUGGCUGUUGGCAACGGAUGUGGUCUGGUUCGUCUCUAUGACCUCAAAGGCUGUUCAGAUGGGACACAUUUCCACUUUGUCACAGAAACUAAAAAUGAAGUUUACAUUUUGCCUCAAGGAAAAGGACCUCAAUGUAGAGCUGUUUUUUGCCUUCUUAAUUCCCCGGUACAAGCACUACAGUUUGCAAAUUGUGGAGCUAAACUUGCUGUGGGAUUUGAAUCUGGUCGUGUUGCAGUGCUCAACACAAGUUCAUCGUCAGUUUUGUUCUGGAUAGAUGGUGUGUCUUGCUCUAGCUUUCCAAUAAUUUCAAUUACUUGGAAAGAACUUACAUAUACUCAUAGCCUUGUCAAAAGCCCUAAGCACUCUGAAACAAAAGUCCCAGCCUACUCUGCAGAGGAAGUAAUAUUUGUAUUAACCAAGGAUGCAAAGAUUAAUUUGUUUGAAGGUGGUACUGGUAAAAUUAUAAGCACUCAGCCAUGGCACUUGAAAAAGCCAUCAGUUGCAAUUUCAAUGUAUGUUAUAGCUGUCAGUAUCUCUGUCUCUGAAUCAUCCAGUGAGAUGCAGCUGGAGUCCCAUGAGGAUAGUGCUACCAAGAACGAACCUAUGCCCAAUAGUACUACAGUUAGCAUAAAUUCACAUGAAGGUGAACAACAGCCCUCUUCAGAAACUGCAUGUUCUGAGGAAAGAUUGUUGGAUUCAAUUCUUUUGCUUUGUUGUGAGAAUUCAUUGCACUUGUACUCUACGAAAUCUGUGAUUCAGGGAAACAAUAAAUCCAUUCGUAAAGUGAAACAUGCAAAACCUUGCUGUUGGACAGCAACUUUAAAGAAAGAUGAAAAAGUUUGUGGACUGGUCUUGCUGUUUCAGACAGGUGUAAUUGAAAUCAGAUCCUUGCCAGAUUUAGAAUUGGUGAAAGAAAGCUCCUUAAUGUCAAUUUUGAGGUGGAAUUUUAAGGCAAACAUGGACAAGACGAUGAGCUCUUCUGAUAAUGGGCAGAUUGCACUGGCAAGUGGGUGUGAAUUGGCGUUCAUCUCUUUAUUAGCUGGUGAAAAUGAUUUCAGGAUUCCAGAAACUUUGCCUUGUCUCCAUGAUGAAGUUCUUGCAGCUGCUGCAGAUGCUGCCCUUAGUUUCUCUUUAAAUCCGAAGAAUAAGCAGGGUACUGAACCUGGCAUUCUAGGUGGUAUCAUCAAAGGUUUUAAAGGGAGAAAAGUUCCCCAUACUGAGGAUUUUAUUCCAAAUCCUAAAGUAAAUUUUUCUCAUUUAGAGGGCAUAUUUUUGAAGUCCCCAUUCUCAGACUCGUCUCCAGCUGUUACAGCUAAUCAGGAAGCUGAGGAGCUUAAUAUAGAUGACAUCGAGAUAGAUGAGCCUCUACCAGCGGCGUCUUCUUCAUCUCAUGAUUUUCAAAAUAUAAAGACAGUGAAGGGGACAGAGAGGGAAAGAUUAUUUCAAGGGGGGACUGAUGAUACCAAACCCAGACUUAGAACACCUGAAGAAAUCAUGGCUACAUAUAGAAAAGCUGGGGACGCUUCUUCGGUGGCUGCACAUGCUAGAGACAAGCUUGCACAGAGGCAGGAAAAAUUGGAGAAAAUUAGCAGGCGCACUGAAGAGCUGCAAAGUGGAGCUGAAGACUUUGCAUCAUUGGCAAAUGAGCUUGUCAAGACCCUGGAGGCACGAAAAAAAUGGUGGCAUAUAUGAAAAGAAAGUCCGGCUUAUCUGUGUGCUUUAAUAUUUUAGAGGCAAGGGGAUUACCACUAUACCAGAAAUAUUCUCAGAAACCUGCAAUCGGCUUUCAAUAAAGAAUGUGAUUUGUAGCCUUUAAUCAAGCUGACAAGCAAAAGUCCAUGCCGUAUAUGGUGUAUCUGAGUUUUCAAAAGCCCUUCAUGUAAAUUGUGUAACUACGGCAUAAAUAUCAUUUUUGGAGAGAGUAAAACAAGACAGAUUUUUAUUGUUUUAUUCAUUGUACAAGAUUGAGAAAAAUGACAAGUGAUUGUCUAAUUAUUGUACAGGAUUGAGAAAAAAUGAAGGUAAAUUAUCUAA